AGGCGCCUCCUGUAGCAGUCGAGACAGUGGAGACUCCGGAGAGAUCCAGCGCGCUUCCUCCUCAAUCUGCCCCGGAUCUGGAGGAUCAACCUGCUCCUUUUCUUCACUACCCCGUGUGUCAGGAACAUCAGGACUAUAAACACACACACCGCAGUGGAUUUGCGUGGGCUUUUGAUUGUUAUUGGUCAUUUUUCUUUCCCUAAAACUAGAGGAUUUUCCUCUUCAGACAUGUUCAGUGUUCCCGGUAUCUUCUGGAGGUCAAACUGGUGCACGAUGCAUUCGGACACGGUCCGGAUUCUCCUGGUUCUGGCUUGUCUGCUGGUUCCGAGCUCGGCCAACGACACCGUCUCCGCCCCUCGGGUAUACCUCUCCUUGAAAGAACUAAGGUCCACAAACACAGCUCAUCAUUUCUCCUUCCUGUUAAACACGUCUGAUUACCGCAUCCUGCGCAUGGACGAGGAUCACGACCGAAUGUACGUAGGGAGUAAAGACUUCAUCCUGUCGAUGGACCUCCACGAUAUCAACAAUCAACCGCUCAUCAUCCAUUGGCCUGUCUCCUCACCAAAGAAGAUGGAGUGUGUGUUAAGCGGUAAAGACAACAACGGUGAGUGUGGUAACUUUGUGCGUCUGAUCGAGCCUUGGAACAGAACUCACCUGUACGUGUGCGGGACCGGAGCCUACAACCCCGUGUGCACCUACAUCAACCGCAGUCACAGAGCCAUGAUGCCCCUGCACCUGCAAAUGCCCCAGGCCCGGGGCAGGUCAAGUCGGGCAGCCGAGCUCGAGACUGUAACCGAUGAGACAGGACUACAGGAGUACAUCUUCCGCUUGGAGCCAGGCAAUGAGGAUUCUGGGAAAGGGAAGUGCCCAUAUGACCCAAAAUUGAACAGCGUCUCUGCUUUGAUCAACGGAGAGCUGUAUGCAGGCGUGUACAUCGACUUCAUGGGAACGGACUCAGCUAUUUUCCGAACACUGGGGAAAAACACGGCCAUGCGCACCGACCAAUAUAACUCCAGAUGGCUGAAUGACCCCUCGUUUGUGCACGUGCAUCUCAUCCCAGACAGUGCAGAGAAAAAUGACGACAAGCUCUACUUCUUCUUUCGCGAGAAGUCUUUGGAGAUGGGCCAGAGUCCUAAAUCAGAAUCACGCAUCGGACGCAUCUGCCUGAACGACGAUGGUGGUCACUGCUGCCUGGUGAACAAGUGGAGCACGUUCCUCAAAGCUCGCCUCAUCUGCUCAGUCCCAGGGGCAGAUGGAAUCGAAACGCACUUCGACGAACUUAGAGACGUGUACAUACAACCCACGCAGGACACCAAGAACCCGGUCAUCUAUGGGGUCUUCUCUGUCUCUGGCUCGGUGUUUAAAGGCUCGGCGGUUUGCGUUUAUUCCAUGGCCGACGUUCGGAUGGUGUUUAAUGGUCCGUUCUCGCACAAGGAGGGUCCAAACUACCAGUGGGUGGCGUAUACUGGAAAGAUCCCUUACCCACGGCCAGGAACGUGUCCUGGAGGAACCUUUACCCCCAACAUGAAGUCCACCAAGGAUUACCCCGACGAGGUCAUCAACUUCAUGCGCAACCACCCCACCAUGUACAACUCAGUGUAUCCCGUACACAAGCGCCCUCUGGUGGUCAGGACCAACGUGGACUAUGAGUUCACCACCAUCGCCGUUGACCAAGUGACGGCGGCCGACGGAAGCUACGAAGUUCUCUUCCUGGGAACAGACAGAGGGACGGUGCAGAAGGUGAUUGUUUUGCCCCGUGAUGACCUGCAGACAGAGGAGCUCAUCCUCGAGGAGGUGGAAGUGUUUAAGGUCCCAGUUUCUAUUACCACCAUGAAAAUUUCCUCUAAAAGGCAACAGUUAUACGUGGCUUCAGCGGUGGGCGUGACCCAGCUCGCUCUGCACCGCUGUGACAUCUACGGCGAAGCCUGCGCAGACUGCUGCCUGGCCCGAGACCCGUACUGUGCCUGGGACGGCAAAUCCUGCUCCCGCUACUCAGCCUCGCACAAGAGGCUGCCUUUCAGACGCAGUCGGAGACAGGAUGUUAAGUACGGAAACCCGAUACGCCAAUGCCGUGGUUACAACGCCAACGUCAAUAAAAACACUCUGGAGAUGGUUCAGUAUGGUGUGGAGAGCAGCAGCACAUUUCUGGAGUGUCAGGCCAGAUCUCCACAAGCUGCCAUCAAAUGGCACUUCCACAAAGACAACAGUGACCGGAGGAGAGAGGUCCGUUCAGAUGGACGUGUGAUGAAGACAGAUCAGGGUUUGCUGCUGCGAUCCCUCCAGCCGUCUGACUCAGGUGUGUACGUCUGCACGGCCACGGAGAAGAACUUUAAGCACACGCUGAUGAAGCUGCAGCUGGUGGUGUUGUCGAGUCAGGCAGUGAACAGCGUGCUGGUGGAGAGCGGCUCUCGGCCUCAGACGAGCGCGUGGACGCCCAGCACCGGUCAGUACAGAGAGCUGCUCAGCAUCCUGAGUCAGCCUGAGAUGGGCCUCAUCAACCAGUACUGCCACGACUACUGGCAGCUCGGGGACACGCUCAGGGACGGCGGCAGCGUCAAACCCGGCGAACUCAACGAGCAGAAGAAACCACGCAACCGCCGACAUCACGGCCAAGAGCACGAGGACGAGGACGAGACAUGAGAACCUCCUCACGCUGUCAGAGACUCGAUCGCGAGCGUGAUGGAGGGAAAAAUCCUGAGGUUUCCGAACUCUUUUCCAGAACGAACAGAUGUCCCAGAUGUUAUAAUGCGUAAAGAAUAUCAUACACAGUAUUUAUUGUAGGUUGUAAAUAGGAUCAUUCUGUGGAUCUCUUUGUACUUAAAUAGAAAAAGAAAAGCAAAGCUCUUUGUGUAUAGGGCAGAUAUUAUUGUUAUAUCAUUUUUAUUGUCAUUAACGAGGAACAAAAAAAUCGACGGGGCAUUGACGGGCGUUUUCACCUCCAGGGUUUAGACUCUGUUAAAAAAAAGUUCAUUUAAAAACAGAGGCGGGACGGCGAUGUCUGCAGGAAGACCAGAGGACUUUAUUUCUGACAGACAGAGAGGGAAGACGUCGCUCCGGUCCGGGUCUGGCUCAUCAGCUCAGCUUUCUCACGGUCUUCCAUUAUUUCUGAGCUCAUGGUAUAUAUCCAUAAUGUUCUACAUGAUUGCACAAAGAAGAGAGGAACAGCAGGGGGAGGUGAAGAGUGAGGAGUGAUGAUCUCACGCCACAAUCGUGGUGUCACGGCCUCCGGCCUGGACUUUUGAGGUACAUUUGAGUUUUGGAACGAUGUUUGAAACCACUGCAGACUCUGGGGAGCUUCACGCUCACUUUUACCACUUUUGUAAAGAAGAAAAGCACAAAGCGACUCGUCACGUCGCGUAACAGUGAAGCACACGUCAUUACACGGGAUUAUAUCAUGAUAGGAAAACAUA